CCCCAACCAUUGUAGAUCCACUUCACGAGGAUGCAUUUUCAACACAUUUUCCCUUUGAAUUGAUCUAGAUCUACUUCAGCUCAGAAUACCUAACUUUCGAGUACUUCGGCUCGUUGUCCCAGGCAUUUGACCAAUAAUGAGAAUCGAGGACCAGUCUCUCAGAUGGCUGUUGACAUGGUGCUGGGCCCAGUUGAGACACUCAGACACUCUUGGUGAUGGUGUGCGGUCAAGACUGGACCAUAGUACGGUCUACGGCGUCUACAGCCUAUCUGACACCAUCGUCGGUUCACUGUGUCUCGACUUUGGGCUCUUCUUUCUCUCUCUUCCAAACUCACCAUGGAGUCAGAGAUGAGUGAGCGACACAUACAGGCGGAGUCUGUUCUUUCCCCUGCUCAGGAGAAGGAGUCUAGCAAUUCUGGGACCAGUGAAAGUGAAAUGUUCCCCCCAGGGCUAAACAGCUCUCUGGAUGCCAUGACUUCUCUGUUACCUGAGUUUGCCUCUGGAAAAUCAAACAUGUCUGAAGGACUACCUUUGCAGUCUUCCCAACAGGAUCUCAAGUUUUUUCCUGGUCUAGGUCCAAACAUGAACCUGGCGUAUGACGAAUUAAAUAAAGUGUAUGUCUGCCAUUUGUGUGACUUUCGUACUGCUUUUAGAAACAGUUUGUUAAACCACCAGGCUGUGCAUUCAGAUUUGCGCCCCUGGGUUUGCGCCAUGUGUGAAUACGCGGCCAAAAGAAAACAGGACCUGAAAAAGCACUUGCACACAGUUCACGGGAUGAUGGUGGAAUCAACACAGCUGAAACCAGUGAUGGGUUUUCCUAAUAUGAAUCUGUCUGGUUCUGGGCCUGCUCCACCUAAUGCAGGGGAAGGCCUCAAUUUUUGGGAUGUUGGGAAAAUGGGUAAGUCAUCAUCAGACUUCGAUCAGUCAACUUCUGCCAUCAUGCACUCCUCUAGUGGGCUUCCAAGUUCCCGAAAAAUGCAGGGAAAACUGCCCCCUUCUUCAUAUGAGUCUUCCAAUUUGCCAAAACAAGACUUCAUGCGAGAGAGUAUGGCUCCUUUAUCAAAAAUGGGUAUGGCGUCAGCAUCAGACCCUGAACAGGGGGAGUCCUUAUCCUCUCCUGAAGAUGACGAUUUACCCAUAUCUUUCCCAGCAAGUUCUCCUUUGCCUUGUAAAGUAGAAGUAGAAGGGCAAGCUGAUGAUUCGCAGUUGUCUCCAGGAGAAAUCCCUGCGGAGUCUUUCCCAAGCAAAACCGAAAGAGCUGAUACAUACUCCGAAUAUGAUGGCAUGCAGGGACACAUCCCCUUACCAACUACACAUGGAUCACAGGAUACCAAACUUUUAUUGGACAAGUUUCUGCCAUCCAACCCCUCGCCUCAAGACUUCAUGCGAAGAGCAGGAAACAAACGUCCUCGAGAGUCCUCAAUAGAUCGUUCCGCUUCGUAUGGUGAGAAAAGCCAUCAGCACUACCUCCAAUCUUCUGUCACUGGUUUCUCUUCAUCUUCUUUGCCUCUUCGCGGCAAAAUCUCCCGCAAAUCUGAUUCUGAGGAUCCUCCCAGCUGUAGUAGUAGCACGAACGUGACACGCAUACAGGGGAGCCAGACGCGUCAGUCAUUCCUGUGUGAGUUCUGUGACAUUAUGUUCUUCCAGCGGGCUAUGUACCUGAUGCACGCUGGUCUCCAUGCUGCGCACAACCCAUGGUGCUGCACAGUAUGUAACCACACUUUCACAGAGAAGUACAGCUUCACCUCUCAUUUCAUUAACCAGCAUUAGUUAAGACAGUUUUUUCUGAACAGAGUGGGAGAUGAAGGAGUGUGGCAUCAAUGCAUCUUUUACUUUUCUGAUAUCCUUGUGACGAUCUAAGGAAGUUUAGAUAAUUUCAAGUUGUUGGGUAUACUGCUACGGUUCUGUGGGUCUGUGUCAUAUCCACCUCUUAAAUUACUUAAUUCGAAAUAUUUCACCAUCAUGCAGACACUCAAAUUGAUAAUCAGGGCAUUUCUAUCUUUAUAACUGAAAAAUUAUUUUAAAUCUGUCCAACAAAAAUAUCUCAAAUACUUCAAGUGUAAAAUACAUGGUGCCAGUUUUGCCAUGUACCACUAUUGAAAUAGCGAACAUGAAAUGGCACCACCACCAGUUUUCUUUAAUAUCAUCGCACCUCUUGAACACACAGUAUGAAUUGUACAGAGCCAUCACUAGUCAUAUGAUCUACACGCUUUCAUUCUUGUGAAUCACCUUUUAAGUGUCGCAGCCAAGCAAAACUGUUAACAGUGUUUUAUCCCUUACCAAAAUAAAUGUCCUGCCUGUCCCAGUCCCAGUGGUACCUUAUUAUAAUCAUAUGUUUUAUUUCUUUUUUCUGCAACACUUAGUUGUGUAUAAAAAAAGCUAUAUUGAGGCUUUUACUUUCAGGCAAAUGGUUCUAUUAUGUUAUUGUUCUGAACAUGUUUUGGGUUUUUUUUUUUAUGUUUUGAGAUUUUUAGGGGGGGGGGGGGUUGGCAUUGUAUAUCUGUUUGUGCUGAUAUUCUUGGGACAGGACUGUGUUGAAUUGUAGUUGUACUGUCACGAGGCAUGUGUGUCUCAGUGUGAGCAGGCCUUAUUCUCUCAGAGAUGAGCCCGGGUUUUUUUUUUACCGACUUGCUCUGUCUGUCACCCAAGAACAAAAUGUUUCAAGAAAAAGGGUGAAUAUGUAUUAGGUCUGAUUUGCAAACAGCAAUUUGUUGACCAUAUUUUCCCCUACGAGUGCAUAUGUUUCCUUGAAGUAAAUUCGCUUUUCUGCCCUGAA